AAAAAAAAAAAAAAUGGUUCGUAAAAUAAAAAACACCGGUAAUAAUGUUCCUGAGAUUGUUUUUUCAUUAGUUCCACCCGAAGAACAAGGACAAAAUUCGUCGACUCAACAUUCUAAAAAUAAUAAAUCACAUAAAAAAAGAAAAAAUAGAGAACAAGAACAAAAUAAAAGGAAUAAUUUACCAACAAUUAUAAUUACGGAUUUAUCAGAUGAUGUUCAAGAUAAAGGAUUGACAAAUUCAAAUUCAAAUUUGAAUAAGAAAUUCCCUAAAAACAUCAUAAAUAUCGAAGAUAAUGAGAUAAUUUCAACAAAUCACGAUUUUGUCGAUUUUGAACACACGUUUAAUGAAAAUCAGAAUAUUUCAAAUGGCUCAUCAAAUAAUUUUAAUAUUAAACAACAAAAAAAGGGGGAAUCAAUUAAAAAUAAGAAUUUACUUUUAAAUAAUUCAUCAAGUAAAAAUCUUAAAGCCAAUCAACUCUGGAAAUUUUUAAAAAGAAAAUUCCUAAUUAAGGGAUACGAUUUACAAUCAAUCAAUUAAACGUUAAAAACGUGUAAAUUAUUAUUAUUCUUUUUU